CGCAGGAAGGAAGCCGGGCGGUCGGAUCCGCCCGCCGGGUUAUGCUGCGGCGGCCGCUGCGGACCUGGGCCGCCCGGGCGCUGCGGCGCGAGGGGCCUGGGAACCCCGCCCCGGGCCGGGGGACGCGGGGGAUUCAGCGCCGGGCCUGGCCUCGCGAUAGAGAAAAUGAAAAAGAGAAAAAAUCAGUGAUUUGUGUUGAGGGCAACAUUGCAAGCGGGAAGACGACGUGCCUGGAGUUCUUCUCCAACACAGCAGGCAUUGAGGUGUUACAGGAGCCAGUGCCCAAGUGGAGAAAUGUCCGCGGUCAUAAUCCUCUGGGUCUGAUGUACCGCGAUGCCUGUCGGUGGGGCCUCACACUGCAGACGUAUGUGCAGCUCACCAUGCUGGACCACCACACUCGUCCUCAGGCAUCACCUGUGCGGUUGAUGGAGCGGUCAAUUCACAGCGCAAGAUAUAUUUUUGUAGAAAACCUAUAUAGAAGUGGGAAGAUGCCUGAAGUGGACUAUGUGAUUCUGUCGGAAUGGUUUGACUGGAUUGUGAGGAACAUCGACGUGUCCGUUGAUUUGAUAGUGUAUCUCCGGACCACCCCUGAGACCUGUUACCAGAGAUUGCGGCUGAGAUGCAGGGAAGAGGAGACGGUCAUUCCCCUGGACUACCUGAAUGCUAUUCACCACCUCUAUGAGGAGUGGCUCAUCCAAGGGGGCCUUUUCCCUGUGGCAGCCCCUGUUCUGGUGAUUGAGGCUGACCACGACGUGCAGAAAAUGUUAAAACUCUUUGAACAAAACCGGGACCGAAUAUUAACUCCAGAGAAUCAGAAACAUGGUUCAUAGGAUGGGGAAGAUCAUGCCAGAAAAAUGCUGCCAAGUUAGCUAUUAGGAGCAAUUUGGAAAUAUCCACUCUCAAGAGGGCUUGAUAUCUGGCCAC